UUCCACCCACAGAAAAAAGCAAGCGAUCAUGCUAGAACAGUCAACAGUGCUUUCGUCUCAUAUCGACUUGAUUGCCAAUAGUGUAGCUGUUUUGUGAGGGCUUCAACGAAGCUGUUGCUCAAUGCUUGCCUCUUUGGAUGUUUGGGAAAAUAGGAAACGAAUUGCUUCAUUCAACAAAGAAAACGGCUUCGAACCGAUGCUGUCAAGUAUUUUCUCUGUGAUAAUCUGAAGUCACUUGUAGGUUGUAGUGAUUGAUAUCAGCGUGUACCGGUAGGAGUGUUCGUGAACAAGAUGAUGCCGUCAACGCUGCAGCGUCGCCGGGCGGCGUACGACUUCUCGCAGUGUUACGAGGACUUCUGCAGCAGCCACGGCGCGUGUCCGCUAGCCAUGGUGAUGUCGCGUAGCAAGGAUACAGAGGUGGUGCUCAGCGGCGAGCGCAUUCGGCCAACGGACUGGAUACCGCUAUGCCGCGCACUGCAGAUGAACAAGUCACUGGAGACGGUGAAGAUUGCAUUCGACUCGACACGGGAACAGAUGGGAAAGACCAGAAGAGGUCAAAGUGCACCCGCUGGUGUAAAGCCGGGCACUGCGGGCUAUCAAGUGGCGGCAUCGCGCAUGGACCGCUCCGCUGUCACACAGCUGCUGUGCAGGUCUCUUGGCAGCUUUAUCCGCGUCUCACCAGCUGUCACGUCACUGAGUCUUGAAGGACUGUGGGUCCGCUUUGAUGACAUCACACUGCUGGCUAAGGGCCUAACCAAGUCCUCUCGCCUGCAGAGCCUGUCGCUGGCCCAUUGCCGCAUUGGAGACAGCGGUGCAGAGGUUCUCUGCACGGCCCUGCAAUGCACGCGCUCACUGCAUUGCCUGGACCUGACGGCAUGCGGCCUCACCUGGAAAGCCAUGCCACAUCUGGCCAAGCUAGUUGAGCAAUACGCCAACUGGCGCUAUGCCCACCUGUGGCAGACCAGCUUACGACAGGUGCAGGCCAGCACAGACAGCGUGGGCGGUCUGCGUCGCAUCACGCUCAAUGGAAACCCGCUAAUUGGCGACCGGGGCGUCAAUUUGAUCAUGGACACCUUGCAGGAUGACAUCUGGAUUAAAGCUGUUGACAUGCAGCACUGUGGCCUGUCCAACAUUGGCGUGCGACUGUGGCUGAGCCUGCUGCGCUCGGGUAACCUGUCGCUAAUGAUCGUGGACCUGCGACAGAAUCCCCUGGCAGAUAAGCCACUGAUUCGCGGUGUGAUGGAGCAGAUUGUCAUCAACGGCCAUGGUAUAAACGAUGACCCAGAGCUCCGGUGGCUGAGCAAAGUGGUGUCGACAUCUGCCACCACCACGCAGCAAGAAGCCGUCACCAGCAAGGCAAUCUCCGCGCGGCAGCGUCCUGCUUCUAAACCACGGCCCGCGGAGCGUACGACGCGCAGACAACAGCAGCGGAGUCGUUCCGCGGAUGCCGACCGGCCAUGGCGUCAGAAACCGCGCUCGCGGAGCAUACCACGGCACCGAACCAGCAGCAGUGCAACACAUAGGAAACGUGGAAAGAGGCAGCGGACUGCUGGCUCAAACAGUGCUGACGAAGACGAAGUGGUCAAGAUUGAACCGGUGCGCGGUUUGCCGUGGAGAACGGCAGCCAGGUGUGCUCUGCGAAAACGGACGAACUCUGCCGGCGCAGCUCCCAUCAACUUACACUUUUCGCCGGAUGAAAGCCGUAGUUCUGCUUCUGCACUGAGUAGCAGUAGUGGCAGCAAUGGUGGCUCACUGUCUGAUCUGACCGGCGAUCAACGCGCAACAGCACGGCAUCAGCCGGUGGCACUGGGUGACACAUUCACCGCCGAACCACAUCACACACCGCUGCUCACCUCAUCGCCACGGCACCACCGGGAUGCAGCCGAAUCACGCAGAUCGUUACGGACCGCUGUGCCUGAGCUGACCGGAUCACGCAGCAGUGCAAUAUCGUAUGAUUCAACACAGCACCAGGAACGGCGACAUCACCAAUACGACCACUCGGGCAAGCGGCAAGAUACACAACCUCGGAGAAAUCGGCAUAGUUCAAGAGACGCAACAGCCAAGCAGAAGCGGUAUGACGAUGAGAGUGUCGGGAGUCCCAGGUAUGCAGCAGAGAGCGACCUACGCGCACACCAUUCCUCCCACAGACCUGCGCCGUCAACACACAUGGACACCAUGGACCAGAGGCCCGUUGUUACCGGAUUCACCGAGGACCGUGGCUUGCAUCAUCGCCUGGAGGCUGCACGGUCCUCCGCUCUUCACGCUGCACCGCGGCACACACAGUACGUUGGCACUGACCCCGUAGCCGACACUUCGUAUGACGGUACGAAUGAGGAAGAGCCACUGGGGACAAGAAACUCUAGCCUAGCUGGUCUCCGUGCUGAAACCUCAAUAGACGAUCAGCUGUUGAAUCGCUUUGAGUCGGCGCUGAACAAGUUCUCUCGGUACCUCGACAUGAUGAAACGCCGUGGGCAGCAUGCUUGAUCAAUUCCUAUGUGCAAGUGUGCUGCUGCACAACUAUUGUUAUUCUUGAGCUUGAUAAUGGCAGAACGACUCGAAAUGUGACACCUGCCAAGGAACUGAGAGCGAGCACAAACGCAGCCUUACAGUUUUGAGAGUAUCAUUUGUACAGGAAGCGUAUCACUGCUAGUAACGGUGAGAGCGAGUUACAGAGUUGCAAGUCAUCACCUGACUACUUUGAUGUUUUGAGGAGAGUUUCUGUAAAACCAAAAAUUAAUGCUAUUGUCGUAAAUCAGCCGGAGUAUGUUUGGAAACAUUUCA